AUGAGCGACCAAAAGCAAAAUGAUGCGGUGUCGUCUUCUUCUUCAUCGACCUUGACGAGCGAGUCAGAGGAGGAGUUGCAGCACAUGGCAUUGGCCCCACCCUUGUGGAAGAACAGGAAGAGGCUUUCUAAGCAGUUGUCCAUGUGUGAGAAGCCCAGAGACAUUGCAUGGGAGAAAAGGAGAAAGCAAGAGCGAAGAAGAAGCGCUAAUGUGUGUGAUGAUCUCACGGAUGAGGACCUGAAUGAGCUUAAAGGCUGUAUAGAACUUGGAUUUGGGUUCAACGAGGAAGAUGGUCAGAGACUUUGUAACACGUUGCCUGCACUUGACCUAUAUUUCGCCGUUAACCGCAGGUUGUCUCCUAGCCCUGUCUCUACCCCUCAGAGCCGUUCUUCUUCCCUCGGAGGAUGUUCUUCUUUUGGAAGCCCAAGGAGUGAGUCUGACUCGUGGAAAAUUUGUAGCCCAGGCGAUGACCCGCAACAGGUGAAGACCAAGUUAAGGCAUUGGGCUCAAGCCGUCGCUUGUUCUGUCAUGCAGUCUUCUUGA